UGACCUUGGAGCCUGGAUGCCCAACUUCCCGUCCUCCAUGAGGAACCCCCCACCCCAGGCCAAGGGCACCACCUCCCUGGAGAGCUACCUGGACACCAUCCCGGAGGUCAACAGCACCAGCCUCGCUAUCUUCACCCUCUGGGUCAUCUGCUGUGAGCCAGGGGACUCGAGAUCCCUGGGCACGUACCCUGAUGAGCACUUCACGGAGGAGGAGCCCAAGCGGCUGAUCACAGCCUUCCAGGGGCGCCUGGCCCAGAUCUCCCAGGAGAUCCAAGAGAGGAACAAAUCGCUGCCCAUCCCCUACUGCUACCUGGAUCCCCACCAAAUCGAGAACAGCACAUCCAUCUGAGCCCGACCAGCGAACCCCAGGGACAGGCCCCCUGAGGCCGCUGGCAACGCUGUCCCUGAGAUCCUGUCCCAGGAGCAAUAAACCACAC